ACGCGAGGCCUGCUGCCAGUGGAAGAAAUCGCUUUCAAUUCGUUGAAGUCAUGUGGAAACCACCGGGAGAAUAAGAGCUAUUAAUAAUCGAUACAGCCUUCACCGCAUAAUUUCUGAAGAGUCUGGUUAUUUAAGUGGCUUUAAGGAUACAGAGAGUGCUGUUGAUAUUUCAAUCGCAGCAGGUUCAUUAAACUCUGCCUCAUUCGGAUGCUCAGAUAUCGACUUCACCAUGAACAAAAAUAAGCGAGAAAAGGAAUUCUACAGUGUAGAUGUUGGAGAUUCAACAUUCACAGUGUUGAAGCGGUAUCAGAAUCUAAGACCUAUUGGAUCAGGCGCUCAGGGAAUAGUCUGCUCAUCGUAUGACCACAACCUUGAACGAAACGUGGCUAUAAAGAAACUUAGCAGGCCUUUUCAGAAUCAGACUCAUGCUAAGCGUGCAUACAGGGAGCUGGUGCUUAUGAAGUGUGUCAACCAUAAAAAUAUCAUAGGCCUCUUAAAUGUUUUCACACCCCAAAAAUCAUUAGAAGAAUUCCAAGAUGUUUACCUAGUAAUGGAGCUGAUGGAUGCCAACCUCUGCCAAGUCAUUCAGAUGGAGCUGGACCACGAGCGGCUGUCCUAUCUGCUGUACCAGAUGCUGUGCGGAAUAAAACACCUCCACUCAGCGGGGAUCAUCCACAGGGAUCUGAAGCCCAGUAACAUAGUAGUGAAGUCAGACUGUACCCUGAAGAUCCUCGAUUUUGGUCUGGCCAGGACAGCCGCCACGGGUUUGCUGAUGACACCAUAUGUGGUGACACGUUACUACAGAGCCCCUGAAGUCAUCCUGGGAAUGGGUUAUCAAGCCAAUGUGGACAUUUGGUCUGUGGGCUGCAUUUUGGCAGAAAUGGUCCGUCAUAAAAUCCUUUUUCCAGGGAGGGACUAUAUUGAUCAGUGGAACAAAGUCAUAGAGCAGCUUGGAACACCAUCGCAAGAUUUCCUGAUGAAACUCAACCAAUCUGUGCGGACCUACGUUGAGAACAGACCACGCUAUACUGGAUACAGCUUUGAGAAACUGUUCCCUGAUGUCCUAUUCCCUGCUGAUUCAGAAAAUAAUAAACUGAAAGCAAGCCAGGCACGGGAUUUGCUGUCUAAAAUGCUGGUGAUAGACUCAUCCAAACGAAUCUCUGUGGAUGUAGCUCUGCAGCACCCCUACAUUAAUGUGUGGUACGACCCAACUGAAGUGGAAGCGCCAUCUCCUCUGAUCACAGACAAACAGCUCGAUGAGAGAGAACACACGGUGGAGGAGUGGAAAGUAUUGAUCUAUAAAGAAGUGCUGGAGUGGGAGGAGCUACUGAAGAACGGUGUGGUUCGAGGUCAGCCAUCCCCUCUAGGUGCAGCAGUGAUCAAUGGCUCACCCCAGCCCUCCUCAUCCUCCUCUAUCAAUGACGUCUCCUCCAUGUCCACAGAGCCCACCAUGACCUCAGACACAGACAGCAGCCUGGAGGCCUCCGUGGGACCUUUGAGCUGCUGCAGAUGACUAUCACCUUCCCCUGGAGAUUCUGUGUGUGUUGCAUGGUAUCAGAUUUAGGCCAGUCUAAUUCUUUAUUUCAGGUCGGGUAUGGCUUUUUUGAGUUCUUCUCUAGAUGCUGUAAAUUAUUACACAUUUUUAUCUUUUUAGCGACAUUUUUAAUGCAAAGCCCCAACAGGCUUAGCCAAUGAUAGUAAGAUAUUUGGAGCUCCUUAACAAAUCUCUUCUUUUAUAAGCUACAGCUAGAGUAUUUUGUCAUGAUGUUGUAGAGUGAUUUUGGAAGGUAAUCUGUAAAGAUUGAAUUGCUAAUAUAUUUUCUCAAAUUAAUUUAUUUUCCAUUUUUGUGUGUUUUUUUUUGUUUUGUUUUCCUGGUCAUAUUAGGACAUGGAAAUCCUUAGAAACAAAUCCACAAUAGUUUUUUUAAAAUACACAAUCAUGUUGCACAAAAUGAUAUUGGCAUAGUACAGUUAUUUAAGUACAUUUUGGUAUAACUUGCUAAAGGUGGCUUUUUCUGGCUAAUGUUUUCCAUUUUUGCACGCAACGCAUUUUACUUUUUGUGCACUUUCAUUUAGAUAUAAUCACUCACAACAUUAAAAAUAUUUUUAUAUGUAUAUUGUUUUAUGUCAGGCUGCAUUUAGUUUUUUCAGGAAUAUUUUUGCUGCUGGUUAAUUUCCUUGUUUACUGUGAAAUGUGACGUUCUUCUGUGUAUGUUUCUGAUGUUCCUUGUUCCAAUUAUUCUAGAUUUAUCUAGGAUUUCAGCACCUUUUUAUCAUUUGUGUUUACCCCCUACAAAAUCUACAUAUGGGUCAAACACUGAUCAAUAAUAGCUGUACAGUGAUUGUCUCAGUAAUGCAAUUUUUUCCUUUAUAUACAGUCCAGUUUAUAAGAUAAACAGGUUAGGUUUGUGACUUUUGGAUCAACAAUUCACAAAGCUGGUAGAUUUUCCUAUUUUCUUUCUUUUUUUAAUUUUAUUUUUUACACCAAAUGAUUGAAAACAGACAAAAGUGUCUGCAUUGGUUCAUUUCUAGCAUAUUCCAUUACAGUAAUGGUACAUAACAGUGAAAUGAACCAAAUUUGGAAAUAAUUUAUUUCCACAUAGUUACACUUUGUUAGUGUCUUUCUUUUUUAUUCCCCGUCAGAAUGGAAAGUCUUUAAUGGCAUGUAACGUGCUGUAAAUGUACGUGAGCUACUGUAUUGAGGACUAUGUGUGUGCAUUGUUACUUGUGAUAUUGACAACUUUGGAUCUCUACACAAUAUUUGACGAAAGAUUAAGAUACAUUUGUUUUUUAAUGUGAGCAAGAACGUCGAAUAGACCUGAAGUUUUAUUUAUUUUUACCUGCACACAGGGUAAGAAAAUACAAUUUUGCUAAUACUUUAUAUAGUUUUGUGUUUUAUUUUUGUUUGUAUUUUGGAAGUGCUCUUAACAGUGACAAUGAUAUUUAUCCCCACUGUACAUACUUGCAUGGGAAGCCUGAGCUACAAGAACAGAAGCUUCUCAUGUGGUUCAUUUUAGGCAUGGAACAGCUGAUAAUGUUUGAGAGUCGAGUCUGAACUACCUCACACUGAUGCCAUACAGCUCACAUUUUUAGAAGUAUUACUGUAUCGAUUAUUUUGCUUAAUCAGUUUAUUAAGAUGUGCUUGUAAGGUGAUGUGUUAGAAAUAUUUAAGUGUCUGUAGAGUUUGUAAGUGUGAAUCUGUGAGAAUGUUCUGCAUGUGUGUGUGUGUGUGUGUGUGUGUGUGUGUGUGUGUGUGUGUGUGUGUGUAUACUUUGAGUGAAAAUACUUGUAAACACUCUUCAGCUUCUGUUCAAAGCUGAAAAUGUCAUUAUCUUAUUUCAGACUCGACAUUUAAGUUCAAAGGUUUGGAAGAAUUCUGUCCAUGUUUUGCUUUUUCCAGGAAAAGAAAUUGAUGAAAGGGAGAGAAAAGUAUCUCAUCCCCAGUUUCAACAGCGGGCAGUACAGAAUCUUGCAUGGCCUGCUUGGCAUUUAAUAUUAAGUAUAUAUAAACAAAAAGAUUAUGGUUCCGAGUUUAUUAGAUUUCUCAAACUGAUGCAGUUUUGUAGGGUUAGCAUAUUACCACCUCAUUAGAAUGCACUGAUAUUCAACUGUGUUAACAUCGUAACAACUGGAAAACCGAAAUAAACGA